ACCAAUAUGUUACCAUCAGUUCACUACACGCCAGAUUGAUGAUAGAACUCUGAGAAAGGUUGAGAUCGUGAAGGAUGGACCGCUAGAGAUGUACCUCGAGGGGGGCUCAAAUACACCCCUUCUUGGGAGGGUGGUGGUAGCAGAGGUGCUAGAGGCCGGUGCGGCUGCUAAAAGUGGAGCCAUUAGCAAGGGUGAUCAGAUCUUAAUGCUGGAGGGAAAGAAGCUGAUUGACGUCCCUUUGGAAACGGCGCAGACUACAUUCAAAGACCACAUGAAGGGAAAACUUGACGGAUCUCAAAUACUGAGAAUGAUCAUCGCCGUAGCGCCGCCAAAGAACUACGAAGAUGAAGUCACUUUCUUUUAGGCUACAGAACUGAGAUAUCUGUGGACGCCCAUGGCACACGGAGACAAAAAGGGAACAACACAAAUAAACAAGGCGUUUGCAAUUCAACAAUGGAUGUAAUUUUAGAGCAUUGCCUGAAUUUCAAAUAUUUUAUUCUUUUCUUACCAAGGCCUUGUUUUAUAAAGAAUGGCGAUUGAUCCAAAUUAAUUGCAAGUCCUCCAACCAAUCGCGAAUUUGCAGUCUCCUAUCUCUUAUGUACACAGUUGCGAUUGAUAUAAAUUGCAAAUAAGUUGCGAUUAAUUGCAACUCUUUAUAAGACGGUUCCAGGUGUAGAAAUACAAUGUGUAUUGAUGGAAAGUGUUUCCCAACAAUCACAAGAAAAGUAUUUCUGCCAAUAAGGGAGUUUACAGAUAGCACAUGGUACAAACUACUCCAAAUAUCCACAGAUCUUUUACACAUGGAG